AAUGCAGUAAUUUAUUUUUAAUUAAGUCAUAGUUGAAUUUGAGCUUCGAAAAAGAUGCUAGUUAAAAUCAGUAUAAUAAAACAACAAAUUUCACUGGAGCAGAAAAUAAAUUUGGUUGAAUGUGAAAUAUUUGCAAUACUCUUGUAUGCUGCUACAGGGAGUAUCAAAGUCACAGAUUACUGAGCUUAUAGAAAUUAGACUUUAACACCAAACAAACCAAAUUGCUUUGUUUACUUCAUAAAUACCUUGCAUUAGGUUAGCAGUACUCAAUUUCGGGUUUAUGUUUUCUCAAUAAUAAUUACAAAAUAUCAAAUGUAACUUGUAUCAAGUUCCAUUUCCAUCUCUGAAUUUUUUCUUCUGUGUAUUCUGAACAAUACCAAUGCCUGAAUCUUUAUUACAUCGUCAAUGACUAAGGUUCCUUAUGGAUAUGCAGAAUGUCCGUAAAUGAUUGAUACAUCUUCGUGGAUAAAAUACAAGGAAACUACAAAGCACACCCAAGAAAACCAGUAACAACGGAAAAUCAAUUUCUCAGAGAUUUGAAAAUUUGGCGGUUUGUCUCUGUAUUUCCUAUCUUUACCGCCAGGGUCCGCUAUAUUUAGAAACAUUUAGAUGUGACGUUACUUAAAUAGUAGAAAUUUUGUGUGAUGGAGUGCCGAAAAGAAUUACACUCAAUAGUGUUCAGCGGGCCUUCAGAAAAUGGUUUCGUAAGGGUCCACCUCCUCAAGCAUCGAUUCAGAGAUGGUGUGACAACUUAGGAAACCAGGGAUACAUUUGUAAGAAGAAAAGCAGUGGCCGUCCUCGUGUGAGUGAAGAGGAUGAAUUGCGGUUUGAGGCCACAUUCAAUCUAAGCCCAAGGGAAACCGUUGUGAGUUACAGAUGCCGGAAACGACCGUGUGGCAAGUUCUAGGCACACAGAUUCCCACGAAACCAAACAAAUUUUUCAUGAUUCACGAAUUGGAGCUUGAGGAUUUCCCGAAACGGAAAAAGUUUUGCGAGGCUUUGUCUCCUCACGCCCCAGAACUCACUCCAUGUGAAUUCCUUCUGUAGAGUUUUAUAAAGGAAAAAGCGUUCGUGCAACCUUUACCACUGGAUAUUGAUGAAAUGAAGUUCAGAAUUACCGCAGCUAUGGAGACGAUUGACAGAAACAUGUUAGAAAGAGUAUGGGAUGACAUGGAUUACAGACUAGAGGUAUGUCAGUUCAUGAAUGGAGCUCAUAUUGAACACUUUCAGGGUAUGUAAAACUUCCAGAGUUUGUCAUCCAGAUGACAUGAGUUAUAGCUGUAUAGCUGUAAUACUUACGUUUGUAUAACAAAAGUGCAUCAAUCAUUUACGGUCAUUCUGUAUUUUGGAACACUCAUAUCAUCAUAUAAUUUGAAACUGGAUGUAACCACAUUAAAUUUUUCUGUUCUUGCUCUCACUUGUUCAAUGUUCUCAGGUGUGCAAAUGGAACAUGUUGGGCCAACGAACUUAUUCACUGCAUUAUCACAAACACUGAUAUCAUCAACUUACUUUAUACUAGCAUUACACAAAGGAAUCUGGUCAUGCCUUGGAAACUGAAACUCAUGCUGAAGACAUUUUAGCAAAAAUGAAAUGAUUCACAGUCCAGUUCUACAUGACUAAUAUGUAACCUGCAUACCAAGACAUUUUGGUGCACACAACAUUGGUAUUCCCCGCUUUAACCAGUUGCCAACAGCAGGAAUGUGAAUUAAGUCACAGCAUGACAUUAUUGAUAGCAAUUACUUCUUUACUGUGGAUAUACUGAAUUUUUCCCAACUAUCCCACACCUUGAGAACCUCCUGGUUCUGCCAUGUCAUGUAUCAUUCUAGUAAUGAUAUCUUUGCCAUGGAAAUUUUAUUUCUUGUUCUUAACAUUCUUUACAUGGGACAAUGCUUUUCCAUAUGUAAAAUUAUCCAGUGUAUAUGGAUUGCACUUUUGUCAUAACUUCCAACCUCUGCUCUCUUCUUUGAUGGUCUUGUCCUUUUUAUCACUGAUUCUGACAGUCCUCGCUUGUUUUCCUGGUUCAUUUUUAGUCAUUUGCUUAUUCCCAUAGACAUGUCAGCAUAGAAAGAACUCUGUGGACAGUAAUUUGAUGUGACAGUUCACUUUCUUCACACUCUUUCACACAUCUCUGCAUGACAUUACUAAUAGCAGCUCUUUCUUUUCUGGGGAUACAAUGUUCUUUUAUCCCUGACCAUUCUGUACCUUGUGAUUCUCAUGGUUCUGUCAUUGAAAAAACUGAGGUAACCAUCAGUGCAAAUAUACCUACAGUUUAACAAACUUUCUUGAACAGUUAAGUUGAAUAACAAAUGUGAAUAUGUACAGUUGAAGAGUAUGCUGAGAAGGUUACAUACACGAUGAGAAACAAACUCAAGUUGGUUCACUCUUCAUAAUACAAUUACAGGAAUCAACAGCUAUAGAAAGUAGCUACCACUUUUCCUAACAUUAUAGUAAAGAACCAUUAUGUCACUGAUCUUACUGGAUUUGUGCAAAAUUAAUAUGUGAGAAUGACUCACAGACAGUCAUAACCAUGCCUGGGCUGGGUGGGGGGGCCAGAGAGAGAAACAUUUGUACACAUCCCUGCCUGCUGUCUCACACAACGGACCCAAACUUGGCCACAUGUUAGCUAACAACCUGGGCUACAUAUCUUUCAUAUUGUGAGUAAAACUGUUUCAUGGUGUAUCAAAACCCUAUUUUCACAGCCUCCAUGCUUAGGAACAAAGCCAACCCAAGGUUCACAACAGUUUUAUGUUGCACAAUCUAUGAAUUUUAGUAGAAGUAGCAGUUUACAUCGGAAAUUAUGAUUGCUGGAACAAGUGAAGUUAAGAAAACCGGCUUAACUUGCCAUGGAAUCAGAACGAAUGGCUGUAUUUUCCUGUUGUUCACUUAACUGAAUUAAAUAGCUUGUUCCCUAUUCUACCCAUAUAGGAGCUAUUUAUCCACUAUUGGUGACUUGAGAUGAUCCAAAGUGAAACAUAAUUUGCAGUGUAAAAUGGCAUCUUCCAUCAAUACAGACGAACACACACCAAGCAAUAAUUCGUCAGUACAUCUGCCUCCAAGUUGCAGUAUCAGCCGAGAGAAGGAAUGACUUCAUUUACAGAAAGAUAUACUUGGCCUCAGAAAUGAUAGAAGGAUCAAAUUGGUAGGAAGGAACCAUGUGACUUGGCAUGAUCAAGGAUGGAAAGCAGGGGAGGAAAUAUCAAUGAAGAAAGGAUGGUAGAGCCUCACAGGGUGAGCUAAUGAGGCUAGAGAUCUGCCAGUAUAGAGGACAGCUCAGUAGCACAGCUAUCAAUGAGCUGUGAGCUGUGAAUAUGCGAUGGUGGGUGGGGGGAAGAGGGAGACGUGCAUUACUUUCCCCAUUCUCUCAGCUCCUGAACCGUAGUGGUGCCAAUGGCAGUAACUAACUCUGACUAAUUAGAUCCAGGGAGCAGAGUACUUCUUGAGAAGUUAAUAGUCGCUCAGGCACAGCAAGUUGAAAAGAUGAGUGUAGAAGAUGGUGUGAUCCAGCUGGAGGUGAUCCUAACAGAAAGGCUAGAUGGGCUGUAUACGGUUAACUGCAGGUCCAAUACUGUAGGACCUGUAUCCUCAGGGAGCCAAGUGGCUCUCUUGAUAGUUGACAGUAAACAGCUCUGUAUUACAGACUACAAACCCAGCAAUGUUAGUGUUGGUGUGGAGUUUCAGAUGGAACUGACAAUACCAGCAGUUGUUCAGAAUAGUAGUGUACUGUGCUAUGUGCAGAAAAAAGGCCAACAAAUUUCUGAAGUUAUACAAGCUGAAGAGGUGACAACAGGUCGUGUCAAGUGCAGACCCUACACAGCUCAAAGAGCAAGUCGCAUGGAAUGGGGAGCUGCAUAUACCUGGGAUGCGGCUAUUGACAGAGAAAGCUGCCCAUCUCCAGUAGAACUGAUAGCAGUGGCUCCUCCACCUGUCAUACAGCUGGCUCAGUUCUGUGAUGGUCUGCGAAAAGUCUGCAUUGAGUUUGAUCACAAUGUGGAUGGAUCUGAGAAGUGUUCUGAUAUUUUUGCUCCGGAGACACUUGCACUGCUUGGAGAUGGUGCAGACUGCAGUUAUGUGGCCAACCGCCUUAUUGUCACUCUAGGAUCAAACCCAAACAUACAAGGGAACUCGGAGUUACAGUUACUGGAAAACAGUAAAGUAUUCCGGGAGCAGUCAGAUCUAUCACUCACAGCUCCUGCAUCUGGAAAAGUAACUGUUAUACCACCAGAUCCAAAGACUAGUACUCCCCAAUUUGAAGUGGAAGCACCAAAGUUAAUCUGCCCAGAUGCCCAACUUGGCAGUGCUCUAGGUCGCAGCUCUGUGAUGCUGGAUGCUUCCUCAACUAGUACAAGCACAUCUCCACCUCAGGUCAUAAGAAUUUUAUCAUCUGAAGGACAAAAACUGGAAUAUAACUGGUCUCUAGAUUUCUCAGCUACACCAAAGGACCAGAGACACAACUUGAUGAUCUGGCAGAGUGUGAGAAUGUUUCACACAUAUCUGAAGAAAGCUUCAGGAUCUCUACAAAGUAACCAGAUCCCUAUCAAUACUUCCAUGUUGAUGCCAGGCAUUGAGUACAAAGUAAGUGUGAGUGGGGUCAACAUGCUAGGCAUACAAGGGGAGACACAGCAGUUCUCUUUCCAAGUGAUGCCUCACACUAAGAAAAGUGAUUCUGAAGUUGAAAUCAUUUCAUCCCAAUUGGUCGUAAAAGGACCAGCUGUAACACUGAGCAAUGCUGUGUCUUAUAUUGAAGCUACAUUUGUUUCUUGUGUACCACAAAUUAUGAAACCUAAUUUAAAUUAUCAGUGGAAGAUCGAGGGUGAAUUAACACAGAAAGUGGAACUACCAAGAGGGAAGAGGCUGUGUCUUCAUAAUGGAAUGUUACAAGGUGGAAAAGUAUACAACAUCAGCUGUACUUGCACAUCAGAAUCAAAUGAAUCUGCUGGACUGAUAAAUUUUAUUGCGUGGCAUGCUAUGGUUGUGCUGUUUCAAGGAAUUAGGGCACGCAUCAUAAAGCACGAAAUGGUGUUAGGUACAGGGCAGAUGCUGCAAUUAGAUGCAUCACAGUCAGAAGAUCUGGACGGAACACCAGGGGUCUUGCAGUUCUUGUGGUGUUGCCGGCGGGAAACAGGAGAGAGAUGUGUGUUACCACGAGCAGGAGAACCCAUUCCUCUGGAAAGUACAUUCAAAGAUGCAUUCCAACAGCCAGUACUGACAAUACCACCAGGUUCACUGCCUGUUGGGAGGUACAUUUUUACUGUGGAGGUCUCCAAAUCUGGCAUGUCAUCAGAGGCACAGGCUACUGUUGUUGUUGUGCCAGGAAUGCCAGUAGUUGUUAGUAUGCCUCCUGGAGCACAGUUGAAAUUGGUGAAUCCCAAAGAAGGUGUGACAGUUCCAGCAGUAGUAAUGAAUACUCGUGAAGGCUGCCAUAUGUGGUGGUCUGUGCAACAGGAACCAGGUUACGAGUAUUUCAACUUGGCUGAAGUAGUUGGGCUUGGAGAUACAGUACAUGUAACUUUGGAGGAGGCUAAGGAUGUAAUGGGCAGAGAAUUUCCUCUAGUUAUACCUGGUCCAACAGGUACCUGGCCUGGGCUGAAGGACAAUGCUGAGUACAAACUGCGGCUAAGUGUGGUCUGCCCCACUGAACCAGUUAAAAGCUAUACAGAUUUCCUUAUUACCACAAAUUCUCCCCCCACUGUGAAACCCCUCAAGGUGAUUCCUUCAGAAGGUGAGGCUCUAAGGUCAGUGUUUUUGUUCAGCACUGACUUAGCAGAUGACAGUUCUGCUGACUAUCCUCUUCUGUAUAAAUAUGGGUACCAGAUCAGUGAUCAGGAGAAGGUCAAUGUCUUCAGCACAUCAAAUGUGGACUUACAAGCUGCCACCAUUCUACCUUCUGUUACAGGUCUGGAGACUGUAAUUUUUCCUGUGAUCACAGUAUGUGAUGUUCACGAACUUUGUACCAUAGUAACUGGUGAAAAAGUCAUUGUAACCUUGCCAAGUGACCUCACCCUUAUGGAAGUUCAGCAAAUUGGUGUGCAGUUUGCAGAUUAUGUUGCAAGUGAGCAGUAUCCUGAAGCACUGAGUAUAGGCCACACAUCUCUGCAGACUCUGAAACAGUUACCCAGCCAGACUCUUUACAUGGCAGGGGCUGAGAUAAUUGAGAGUGAAAUCCAGAAGGAUCUCAAAAGAAAGCAGAACGGAUUGGGUGCAAACUCAGGAUCUUUGCAGUCAAGCUUAGAUUUCCUGGACAUGUCUAUUAGAAUACUCAGUGAACUCCCUGUAUCAGGUUCAACACUGCAGGAUCUGUCAGCAUUUAAAGAUAAAAUUCUCCAUCUAACAAAACACAGUAAUGAGCUCAAACUAAAAUACACAUCAUUCCCAGACAGACAUCUGCCUUCUGAAAGACUGUCACGUCAGAGACGGAGCAGUGGAAGUACCCCACCAAAUGCAGCUCUGUCUCUCAGUAGUGUGAAAUCCUUGCUUCAAGUAUCAGAGAGACUGAUCAAAACUGGGAACAGCUCUGUUGUUCUGGAAGAAAAGGAAACUUUGCUGCAGGACUUGAGCACCUAUAUGUAUCAUCUUUGUUUGGGGAAGGAGCAAAAGAUUGCCAUUGGAUCAUCAAUUGUACAUUUUAGUGUACAGAAACUUCUUUCCAAGGAUCAGAUCAUGAAUACUGCUAACUUUAAUAUACCAGACAGAACAAAGUUUCCUCCAGCUAUAAAUGAAACAGGAUUGAUUUACCUUGGCCAGACUGUUGCUGAGAAGUAUGGCCCUUCUGGUAAGACUUGCCUUGGUGGUGCAGUAUUCCCUACUGACUAUCUUACAGAUGUGGCCGUGGGGAGGAAUGCAUCAGAAGUAAAAGCACAAAAGAGGAGUAGUAUGGUGUUUGAGGUGCAACUGGUGAUCACAGAAAGAGGGUUGGUUCCUCCUGGUAAACUGGACCAUCCUCUUACCUUUAAGAUCCCAGUAGACAACACAACGUUUCAGGUUGAUCAGGUAUUGCAGUGUGCAACAUGGAAUGAGAAUAUGUGGAGUGGAGACAGCUGUACCACAGAGAAGUUUGUAACUCUCAACUCACAGAUGUAUAUGGUGUGCAAAUGCAGCAUUCUAGGAUAUUACACGGUUCUUGUAACCAGUGGGUCUACAACUAGAAGAGUAGAUGCUACCACAGCUGUUACUACUACUGAAAUGAUAUCAACCCAAAAAGAAAUAUUAAGAGCUUCUGCUGAUCCAAUCACAGAGAACAUGCAUGAUUCAUCUGCUGCCAGUAUUCUUUCAGAUAACACUCAGAAGAUUACUUGUAAAAAUCUUUCCCCUUCAGACAGGCAAGAUGGAGUGCCAAUAUCCAGUGAGGCUUAUAGUAUCUCUUUCAGGAUUGAGGAGGACUUCAAUUCAACUGUGGGUAAACAAAGGGAACAGUUCAAACAGAAACUACGUUGUGAAAUCUUGGCAGUAGACCCACAAAUACCCACAAGAAUGAUUCAAGGCAUUGAUUUAUCUCCAGGUAGCAUCAUUGUUACGGUGAGGCUUGUGGAUACAGAUGUGAAGACUGCAAAAGAAGUGAUUCCAGCCAUUGCUCGGGUCAUACAAAAUGGUGAUCUAAAUUUACAUGACCUUGGUAAUCGAAAAUUGAAUGUUCCUGCACAGACAGUGACAAUUAUAGAACCCUACAAACCUGAGAAGUCCAAUGCGGUUGUAUAUGCUGUUGUUGGAUCUGUUAUUGUAAGCACCCUUGGGAUUAUAUCUCUUGUCACAGGUGCUGUCAUUAUCAAGAGAAAGAAGGAAACAGAAAAGAUGAGGAUGCAGCAGAUUCCAGCUGUGAAAGAUGGCAUACCAUCAUACCGUCAGUUUCAAUUUGAGCAAUCCAUUGAAGGGACAGAAGCCUCACUUGCUCGAUACCGCAGUAAUUACCCUACCAUGGGCACAGCAGGCACUCUCGUGUUGGGUGUGAACACUGGAGCCAUACCAGGAGGCAGGUAUGAACUUCGGGUAACUGAUAGUAAAUACAUGCAUCCAGACAUCAGCUGCAAUGCAUCCCAGGCAAGUGAGAAGCAAAAGAAGAAGAAGAAGAAGAAGAAACAGCAACAAGGGGCAAAACAAGCAGGGAGCCAAAAUGACCCACUGAACCAAGAGGGAAUACCACCUGGUGACCAGGAUUCAGGAAUUGUUGAUGGCUGCACAAAUGUUUCUGAAGACAGGAAUAUGAGAAAAAGGAAUUGGGACAAAAAGGAAGGCUGCUAUAGCUCACUCAGUGUAGUGGAUAGACUAUGGAUUUGGAGGCCAGAGAAUCAUAUUCAGUUCCUGGUAGGAACAAGACAUUUUUCUCUUGUGCACAGCAUCAAGUCCAGCUGUGGCAUCAACCUAUGCACUGGGUUUUGGGAGCCCUCUUUCCUGGAGGAAAGCAGCCAGCACAUGAAGCUGAUUUCUCAUCUCCAUCCAGUGUCAAGGUUAAGAAUACAUGGAGCUAUUCUCCAGCACCCCUGCGGCUGGUUUACUUGUGGCAACACACUAGCAGUUUUCAGUAUUUCACCAUAAAAAAAUAAUAGCAAAUGUAAGAAAUCUCAGAAUAUAACUACAAAUACCAUCUAAUGGCAGAUGAAGAAACUACUUGCUCAAAGUGCUUUCUGAAAGAAAAAUUGUAGAACUUGUCAGAGCAUUGUCCUAAAAGCAGGCUCCUCAUGGUAGUUCAGACAUGACACGCGUAAACAGUCAAGCUCACUUACGAGAGCAAAGUUGUUAGUUAAGCACAGGGACUUUACCAUUACUUUUACCUUUUACAUGUUCAGUAACAAAAAGUGCCGUCUUCAAGUGGGUAAUAUUUCUCUGCUUCAAUCCAUGAAGUGUGUUAACCAUUCUGAUAUACAGUAUUGUCUUCAGUUAUUACACAGUUCUUUUAAUAAUAUAUAUUUAAUUCUCCAUAUGAUAUCACUGAAAAUUGGAGUAAACUUUCAUCUCUCCAUGCUAACUUAUAGUUUAUAUCUCAGUGAAACAGGUCCUCAAUUCUAUUCUGUUCUCCCAUAUUUUUUCUGCAUAACUUGCUGUACUUUCAAAAUAAAAUUGUGCAUAUUCCAUUCUUAAAGUCAUAUUGUUCCUGCUUCUGAUUUUGUAUCAGUAUGCUUGCUUAGGUUUAUUUGCUCUUAUAUUUUCAAGACAUGACUCAUCAUCAUCAUCAUCCCUUCAUAAUUUUUAUGUAACAUUUUUCUGUCUUUUCCAUAAGUUGGGACAAUAAUUCCUUUCCUCCAGUCAACAGGAAUUGUUUUUAUCAUUGUCUUGCUUUCAUUAUGUAUAUUAAAAAUUGUCAUAUCCAGGUGCUUUUCA